CUAAGUGUACCGCGGCGGUGCGUGAAAACGAAAACAAACAUAAACGAUAUUGUGAAAAAGCUAACAAACCACAUAAAAGGGGACUAACGAGAUCUUUGCAAAAUAGUUUCAAUGAUAUAAAAAUUAAAGCCAGGAUAUUAUAAUCGAAACCCUAAGCUAAAAAAUUUACUAUAGCUUUCCAAAGCGAACGAAUUCUAGUCGAAAAAUGGCGGACCACAAAGAAAGUGGUGGACUCGAUAUACACAAAGGUAUUGGCAUAUCUUUUGAACAACUCAGAUUCGAUACUGAGGGGAAUUGCUUACCACCUGCUUAUAUGGCAACCACCAAUCCGAACGAGAAAGAACAUACAGAUGAGGGCUUCUCAGCGAAAGACCCGCUUAAACCAGGGUCAAAGUCUAAAGUGCGUAGGCGCAUUUUAUUUUUAGAAUUGCCGGUAUUUCUGAUAUUUUUCUCGAUCAUUUUAUCGGACUCGGUUAUGUUGAAUCAAGAACUUUAUCAAACUUGUGUCGCCGUCUAUCACUACAAUGAGACAGAUUGUGAACCACUGCGCGGUAUUAUCCCCAAAACUGACGUGGCAAAGAUAAUCGAGAAAAGUAUACAACCUUAUGUUGCCAAAAUUACUAUGGUCAGCUCUAUAUUGAAUAAUGUAUGGCCGGGAAUUCUAAUACUAUUUGUGGGACCCUGGUCGGAUAAGUUCGGACGUCGACCCGUGUUGUUGGCCACCUUUACCGCUACGUUUCUUGGACAGGUUAUAACCAUGAUCUUAUUUAGCUUUUCUCAAGUUCUAUCACUAAAUCCCUGGUUCUAUCUCUUGGCUAGUAUACCGUCUAUGCUCGUUGGCGGCGCCUCCGCUAUAAUAACAAUUGUGUUCUGUUACAUAUCUGAUGUAACAGAUAUGGAAAAUAAAGCAAAGCGAAUGUUCUUCAUAAAUAUGUCAAUGGGUGUGGGUGUAGUAAUUGGCAAUAUAGGUAGUAGUUACUUGUUGCGUCUAACAAAUACCACAAUAGUCUGCGCUGUAUCAGCUGCACUCGUAUUCAUCGCUUUGAUGUAUGUUUGGUUUUUCAUUGGCGAGAGUUUAGACGUCGAAGAAACCACCUUUACGCAUAAAGCAAAACACUUUUUUGAUGUGCGUUUAAUCAAAGAUCUUGUGAAGACUUGUACGAUACGGCGUCCGAAUUAUGGACGAGCCAUCAUUGCUUGUACAAUUUCAAUUUUGAUUGUGUCAAAUUUCGCUUUUAUGGGAGAACUCGGCGUCUUCUAUCUAUUCUUGCGCAACAAGUUCAACACUACCUUGGAAGAGUUUACCUACUACAAUGCUGUUGACAUCACAAUUAAAAUGAUGGGUAGUGCGGUUGCUUUCGGCCUGUUCAGAAAUUUCUUAAAAAUAUCAUUUUCGGGGAUUGCUUUAAUGGGCUUAUUUGGUUGUAUUUUGGACAGUCUAAUUCGUGGUUUGGCUCAGCAGUUCUGGCAAAUGUAUAUGGCCUCAUCCUUUGGACUAAUGGCCGGCAUAUUGGGCCCAAUGUUGCAAUCAAUCGUUUCAUUAGCAGUGUCACCAAAUGAAAUUGGGAAAAUUUAUUCGGUGGCGUCAUGUCUGCAAACACUUUCAYCAUUGCUUUCUGCGCCUCUMUAUACACUCGUCUACAAURGUACCUUGGACUUUUAUCCUGGACUCUAUAAUUUUAUCAGCACAGGAUUGCAUGUGGAGUGCUUCUGCGUUAUGAUACUUAUUUACAUUUUCGAACGACGAGUGAAAAAUAGAGAAGCUGAGAGACCUCCAACAGAUAGUACAACAACUCAAAAGACAUAACAAACUCAGAUAUUUUAAAAUAUUUUUUAAAAGGUGAUUACUGAUAUUUUAUACGUAUUAAUUAGUAAUUCUUUAUAACUUAAGUUUGUAAAAUAGUUUGAGUUAUUA